UGCUGUUUCCUCUGACAGGAGCUCCAGCUGUGCACAUUUUAACUCGGGUUUGUUUUGUACUCGCUUGUGUUUUUGGGUUUUAUUGUUUUAAGGUUUUUUUGUUGUUUUAAUGGCUCCUAAAAAGGCUGCUGCAGAAAUGAACCCUGGUGCUGAGAAGGAGCUGAAUGAGGAGCAGAAAACGGAUGCUCCUGAGGUGGUAAGUAAGGUUGUGAGGAAGGUGUCUCCUCACCCGUCCACGAUGGAGAUGGUGAAGGAGGCGCUGACGGAGCUGGACCAGAGGAAGGGUGUGUCUGCUCAGGCCAUCCGUACCUUCAUCAAGGAGAAAUACACCACAGUGGAUGAGACGCGGCUGAAGAUGAUGGUGCGCAAAGCCCUGGUUAAAGGAAUCGACUCAGGAGCACUUGUGAGACCCGCCAACUCCACGACAACCACCGGAGCUCAGGGUCGAUUCAGACUCGCAGUCAGGAAGCCAAAAGCAGAGAAGAGCAAAGAGAACAUGAACCCCAACAUCACCAAGGCCAAAGAACCAAAAGUGAAGACUGGGGAUGUGAAGACUAAAACGAAGUCUGCUGCUGUGGGGGGAGACAAACCCAAGAAAACCAAAAAGAAUGAAGCUUCUGCACCCAAAGUGGCUCCAGCGAAGAAGCCCAAAGCCAAGCGAGCUGCUGACGGAGGGCUAGAACCCAAAACCCAAAAAAACUCCAAAGCUUCAAAGGGGGAGAGUGAAGAGAAAUCUGGUGCCAAGAGAGGAGGAAAGAAAGCGGCUCUGAAAGGCCCAGAUACUGAGGGAAGCCUGAAGAAGGCAGAGAAGAAAGAAGAACAGAAAGCAGAGGAUGGUGGAAAUAAGACUGCAGCAACCACACAGAAAAAGGGAGGAAAGAAAACUCCCCAGAAAGCAGAUGAUGGUGAAGAGCAAAGUGGCACCAGGUCAUCAGGAAAGAAAGCCAAGAAAGCAGCCGGGAAAUAACUUAACGUGCUUUUUAUUUUUCUUUAUAAUAAAGCCUUUUUGUACUUUAACUGGU